CUUGAUCGCUGGGCUGUUGCAACUCUCAUACUUCCCGGCUGAUUCCAGGACCCUGCCCACCGCUAGGCUGUUUUCCCUGCCACGUGCCUUUUUUAACCUCUUGACCUCUAGCUCCUAAGAUUUCUAUGUGGAGGCCUGAAUACCACAUCCAGUUGCUCUAAAAACUUAGAUCUCCAUCCGUGAGAGAUUUGGGAGGAUCCUAUUAUUUGCACAUCAGCUCUUCCUGAAGACUCCACAUGACUUCUCCAUGCUCCUUCUCUCCAAAACCCACAAUUCCGCCAAUAAUCCACGAGCCCCAAGACCCCAACAUUCCACCUCCUUUACCCCCAAGUCCCCUGGACUUAGCUUUGCCACCCCUUCCCUGUAGUCUCCAGGCUUCUGUUCCACCCCCACCCCCACUGCCACCUCCGCCCUCUGCUGUGGAGGUUGUUCCCCCUCAUGUCUACGGCCUGGAGAAGAGCCGGCUCCUGAAGGAGGCCUUGGAGAAGGCUGGCCCAGUCCCCAAAGGCAGAGAAGAUGUGAAGAGGCUCCUGAAGCUGCACAAGGACCGGUUUCGAAGUGACUUGCAAUGGAUCCUUUUUUGUGCUGAUCUACCAUCCCUCAUCCAAGAAGGCCCUCAGUGUGGACUGGUGGCCUUGUGGAUGGCAGGCACGCUUCUGUCAACUCCUGACAGCGUCUCUCUGCAAAGACUGGUGCAGGUAGCCAUGGAGAGAGGCUACACGGUGCAGGGAGAGAUGUUCUCUGUGGCUGACAUGGCCAAACUGGCCCAGGAGACCUUGGACUGUGAGGCUGAGCUCCUCUGUGGUGGCCUGGGUGGUCCCAACAGAGAUCAGGUCCUGCAGCACCUCAUCACUGGACAUCCCUUGCUCAUCCCCUAUGAUGAGGAUUUCAACCAUGAACCGUGUCAAAAGAAAGGCCAUAAGGCCCACUGGGCAGUGAGUGCAGGGGUCCUGAUAGGUGUGCAGAGUGUGCCAAUCCCUGGCUACAUGGAAGACUCCGAGUUGCCAGGCCUCUUCCACCCAGUGCCUGGGGUACCCAACCAACCACCAUCCUUCCCAGAGGAAAGCUCCCCAGGUGCCAUCUUCCUUCUCUCCAAGCAGGGCAAGAGUUGGCAUUACCAGCUGUGGGACUACAACCAAGUCCGGGAUAGUAACCUGCAGCUGACAGACUUCUCUCCUGCAAGGGCCACCGAUGGGCGGGUGUACGUGGUACCUGCUGGUGGGGUACAGGCUGGCCUCUGUGGCCAGGUCCUGCUGCUUAGACCACGAGAGUGGAGCCAUUAGCUGGGGCUGGGGCACCUGCCUUGAACUUACCUCCAUCCCCGUUGGAGUGUCUCAGCUUCAUCCCUUGUGUGGUGUCUACAGUCCAACCUGUAUCUUGAGGACCUCCUGCUAGGAAUCUUUCACAGAAUCACCCCAGCUAUGUAGUCACAAGCUUAACCAUUGUCCAGAGUCUAAAUUUAUUACUUGCAGGAUUAAGCACUCCUUUGGUUAAGGGAAACUUGGUUUUGUGGAGUUUUUGUUUGUUUGUUUGUUUGUUUGUUUGCUUGCAUGUUUUUUAGAGCAUGAUCUCUGCCUGGAGGUGAUGGCACAUACUUCAAAACCCAGCACUCAGAAGGGAGAGGACUGGUUCUCAAUCUGUGGAUCAUGACCCCUUUGGGGGGGUCAAAUGACCCUUUCACAGGGGUUCCCUAAGACCAUUGAAAACACAUAUUUACAUUAUGAUUCAUAACAGCAAAAUUACAGUUAUGAAGUAACAAAAAAUAAUUUUAUCAUUAGUGGUCAGCACACCAUGAGGAACUGUAUUAAAGGGUCACAACAUUAGGAAUAUUGAGAACCACUGAGGUAGGGGCAGAGGGAAUCUCUCUGAGUUCAGGAUCAUCCUGGUUUACAUAGCAGACUCCAUGCCAGCCAGGGCUACAUAGUGAGACCCUUUCUCAAAAAGAAAAACAAAACAAAACCAGGGGUCUUAUUUGUAGCCCUAGAUGACCUAGAAUGACCUAUGUAGUAGACCACGCUGGCCCUAACCUCACAGAGAUCUGCCUGGCUUUGCUUCCUACAUGCUGGGAUUAAACGUGUGUUCCCCGACGCUCAGCCUAGAGAAAGACUCUUGAUAGUAACUGAGACCCUAGCUAUGGUCUUCCCACCCGAAUGUGACACCCAUUGAUCUCUCUUUGGGGGCAUCUUUUUAAGACAUCUACAACAGCCUGUACCCCCUGCUACCCCCAGCAUCUCCAAGUUUGCUCACAGGACAGAAAUUAACCCAACUCCCCUCUCCUUGGCCUACUCAGACUGUUGCUCACCCGUCUGACAGCCGUGAUGGACUUUCAGAUACUAAGACUGCAGGUGCCAACACCAGCCCUGGGCUGAAUGUGAUGAUCACUCUCCUUGAGCUGGCAAGAUGGCUAAUGGGUAAAGGUGCUUGCCAGCCUGGUGACCCAGGGACCCAUGUAACAGAACUGGUUCCCACAAGUUGUCCCCUCACCUCCACUUGUUUGCUGUGGUACUUGUGCAUUCAACACAAAUUCAACUAUAAAUAAAACAUUUUAAAAGCCUA